GUCCACCUAAUAAGACUCCUUGGGUUUGCCAACCUGAACCGAGUCGACUCACAUAAAAUCGGUUUGAUCGGGGCCAAGCUGUUGGAGAACCCGGGCUCCGAGUUCCAGCCCGAGUCAACUCCUCCGCCAACCUCUAAUCUAACUCGCCAAUCCCCAAUCUCUCUGCAUCUCUGUCGCUCCUUCACGAUGCCUCUCCUUCGCCAUGCCCUGCUCUUCCCCACGCUUCCUUCUCCUCUCCCAACCCCCGCUCUCCCAAAGAACGCUCCUUUGUCCUCUCCCCAUCGCUACUCCACUCGCGGAUUCCCCUCCUCCCGCGGCCUACUGCGAUGCUCUCUUGUCUCCGUUUCCCCCGAUAUGCCCCCCACCAAGGGGGAGUCCCGGGGGACCCGUCCCUCGCCGGCCGAGGUCUCGAGGACCAUCAUGGAGCUCUCCUCAAGGGGCACACUCUCCACGCUGACCCCCGACGGGUGGCCGAUCGGCAUCGGCGCCCGCUUCGUCGUCGAUGCCCGGGGUGCGCCCGCCCUGUGCCUGAACCAGCCCGAUAGCUUGAUCGCCAUCGGCGGUCGCUCCAGCUUCCAUGUACAGUUCGAGCAGAGCAGAUCACGGACUCCUCAGUGCACGCUGCUCGGGAGUCUGAGCAAACCUGAUGAUGAAUUGCUUCUGAAG